AUAGUUUCAGGCGUAGAAGAAGAAGAAGAAGAAGGUGAAGAUCGAGCAUGGCAGGAAAUAUAAGCAACACUGCUGCUCCGAUAACUAAUUGUCUUUCCAAACUACAGUCUGUGAAUGGAUUAUUUGCUGUAUAUAAAAAGAAAGGGCCGACGUCUGCAGACGUUUUGAACAUGCUGAAGGAAGCUUUACUCAAAGAGGCUGGUGUGAAGAACCCCAACCCGAGGAAGAGGAAGAAGCAGAGCCUGAAGAUGGGGCACGGAGGGACGCUGGACAGCGCUGCCUGCGGGGUGUUAGUUGUAGGAGUUGGGAGUGGCACAAAGAUGCUCAGCACAAUGUUGACUGGUUCUAAGAAAUAUGUUGCUGUGGGAGAACUGGGGAAAGCCACAGACACUCUUGAUGCCACUGGCAGUGUGAUUCUGGAGAAAGACUUUGAACACAUCACCAGGUCGGACUUUGAAGAGAAGCUGAAAGCGUUUACUGGCGACAUUAUGCAAGUUCCUCCGCUCUACUCGGCUCUGAAGAAAGACGGCCAGCGUUUGUCUGUCCUGCUGCUGAAGGGGCACAAAGUUGAGGCCAAACCAGCGAGACCGGUGACUGUGUACAACCUGACGCUGCAGGAGUUCAAUCCUCCCCUCUUCACUCUGGAUAUCGAGUGUGGCGGGGGAUUUUACGUCAGAAGUUUGGUGGAUGAUCUGGGAAAAGCUCUGUCAUCGUGCGCUCAUGUGAAGGAGCUGACCCGUACCAAGCAGGGUCAGUUCACCUUGGAGGAGCACACCUUACAGGAGGAGCAGUGGAAGCUGGAGCACGUCCUGCGAACUCUGCAGCCCUGCUCCGAGUCUGAGGCGGGAAAGAACUCUAAGAAACCAACAGAGACGGACCAGAAGAAACCAGCGGAGAACAACACCUGAGGAUUCAAGUGUGGACAAAGAGACGAGCUGGAGCUGCUCGGCUUUUCAAGUGAACAGAACUUUUGAUUUGUUUUCGAGCAGAUGCAGUGAGACAAGUGGAGACGGCACUGUUAGGAAGCUCUACGGACCACUCUGAUUACUUCAUUCAUGGUUUUUAUGUAUGCACUAUAGUGGUUCCUUUUUCUUUGUCAUACAAAAUUAAAUUUGAAUUUAAUUUUGAAAUAA